CCACUCCGUUUCCAUUAAUCUCGUCUCCACGGCACAGACCUGUUGCACGCUCUCACGUUCUCUCCUUCCACGCGAUUCCAGUUGUUUUGUUUUUGUUAUAGUUCUUGUGAGAGUGGUGGCAACCCUAUCGAGCAGCUCUAAACUUGGCCAAAACGCACGUAGGCGUCAAAAACCUUCUAGGAAUAUUUGAGCUUGAAUCCAGAAACUCCUUGAGAAUACUCAACGCACAGCCGUUUUCGAAUCCUUUGCACAACAGCCGCCUACACACAAUGGGUUCCAUCAAUUGCAAGGAGUACAAGACCACGGGCAGCACCCCCAAAAAAGAAAAAUCUACAGGUGGUGCCGUGGGUUCCUACCAGUCCAAGUGCAGCAACCAGAGUCCCAGUACAACCAUGUCGACGGAUGCCUCCUCGCCGGACUCGGAGUAUACCAGUGCGGUACCCGUGAACUGCAAUGUCGCGGAACUAAAGGAGAACGAGAUGAAGCAGGUGGACUUCGAUGAGGACACUCGCGUGCUGGUGGUAAAGCAGAACGAUCGCCUGCUGGCGGUGGGAGCCAAAUGCACCCACUAUGGAGCUCCGCUUCAGACUGGAGCCCUGGGAUUGGGUCGCAUCCGCUGUCCCUGGCACGGCGCCUGCUUCAAUCUGGAGAAUGGCGACAUUGAGGAUUUCCCCGGACUCGAUUCCCUUCCCUGCUAUCGCGUGGAGGUGAGCAACAAGGGACAGGUGCUCCUCCGAGCCAAGCGAUCGGAUCUGGCCAACAACAAGCGACUCAAGAACAUGGUCCGACGCAAGCCGGACGAUCAGCGAGUGUUCAUCGUGGUCGGCGGUGGUCCUUCGGGCGCUGUGGCAGUGGAGACCAUACGACAGGAGGGCUUCACCGGCCGCCUAAUCUUCGUGUGCCGCGAGGACUACCUGCCCUACGAUCGCGUCAAGAUCUCCAAGGCCAUGAACCUGGAGAUCGAGCAGCUGCGGUUCCGCGACGAGGACUUCUACAAAGAGUAUGACAUCGAAGUGUGGUCGGGAGUGGCCGCCGAGAAACUAGAUUCGGCCCAGAAGGAGCUGCACUGCAGCAAUGGCUAUGUGGUGAAGUACGACAAGAUCUACCUGGCCACAGGCUGCUCCGCCUUCCGGCCGCCCAUCCCUGGAGUCAAUUUGCAGAACGUGCGCACAGUCCGCGAGUUGGCCGACACCAAGGCCAUAUUGGCAUCGAUAACCCUCGAGUCCCGCGUCGUCUGCCUGGGAUCCAGCUUCAUCGCUUUGGAGGCUGCUGCUGGGCUCGUCUCCAAAGUUCAAAGCGUCACGGUGGUGGGCCGCGAGAAUGUCCCACUGAAGGCCGCCUUCGGCGCGGAGAUUGGUCAGCGGGUGCUCCAGCUGUUUCAGGACAACAAGGUGGUCAUGCGCAUGGAAAGUGGCAUCACCGAGAUCGUUGGCGACGAGGAGGGCAAGGUGACUGAGGUGGUGCUGGUCGACGGCACUCGUCUUCCCUGCGACCUGCUUAUUCUGGGCACUGGCUCCAAGCUUAAUACUCAAUUCCUGGCCAAGUCGGGCGUGAAGGUCAAUCGCAACGGGUCCGUAGACGUCACCGAUUUCCUGGAGUCUAAUGUGCCCGAUGUAUAUGUGGGCGGCGACAUAGCCAACGCCCACAUCCACGGACUGGCCCACGAUCGCGUAAACAUCGGGCAUUACCAGCUGGCCCAAUACCACGGACGGGUGGCGGCCAUCAACAUGUGCGGCGGGGUCAAGAAGCUGGAGGCCGUGCCCUUCUUCUUCACCCUGAUCUUCGGCAAGGGCAUCCGGUAUGCCGGGCACGGAUCCUACAAGGAUGUCAUCAUCGACGGCAGCAUGGAGGACUUCAAGUUCGUCGCCUACUUCAUCAACGAGGCGGAUACGGUGACGGCGGUGGCUUCCUGCGGUCGUGAUCCGAUCGUGGCCCAGUUUGCCGAGCUCAUCUCGCAGGGCAAAUGCCUCGGACGUGGCCAAAUCGCUGACCCAGCCACCCGCGAGGACUGGACUAAGAAGCUCGGCGAACCGGUGCCCCAAGUUCGUUAAAUAAUCAACUAUAUGUGUGUAUUACCCCUGAGAUUUGUUGUUAUAUGUAUAUAUUAAUGAAAUCGUUGAGUAUUCAUUAUAUACUCCUACUAUGCAAAACACUUAAGAAGUGUCAUUUUAUCUGUGUAUAUUUAUAAUUGUAGUCCGAGGAACUUCCUUGAGUUCCUGCCGCAGUUGCCACUUUUGGCCCCCCAGAGAUCAAAGUUGUAAGCUUUUUAUUCCCUUGCCACACAAUGUAUUUUUUUGAGUCAUAUUGGUUUAUUUUUGCUAAAUAAAGUGUUUUAACGAUGUCGUAAUUCCAGUUAAAA